GAUGGAUUGCCCUCAUCUAUGUCAUCGCAUGGGUGGCGUACAUCAUCCACUUCGUGUGGGCUUUGAGGCUCUUCGAGCUUGCCAUGCCGCAUCCGCAGGCAGAUCCGCCCGAGGUUGCCGGCAAGCCAUGGACUCCCGGUGAGUGGUGGCUGCCUCGUGCAUUCGCCAGCACUGUCUACAUCGUGGCACCACCGAAGCAGCUUGAACCUGGAAACGUUUGCCUGCAGCAGGAGAUGAAGGCAGCCAAGGGUGGCAAGGGAGCCACUGUGCCACAAAAGAAGGCCCGCGAGUCCGGCCCAAUGCUCUACCCGUGGAAGCUCUUCCGUGGGGCCAUCCUCACCAACAUCAGCCUGUGGAUCUUCAUGAUGUUCGGCCGUGUCUUUGACCAGGUGCACGGCGAGCGGCAGCUGCUGAAGCAGGAGGGGCGCGUGAUGCGCUGGCCCUCCCACAUGCAGCCCUGGACGACGCCCUGGACCCGCAACGGCACACGCAACGAAUGGGCCCACACCGGUGGCUCAGAUCGCCGGCUGAUGGACCAACCGUACUUCAUCCGGCAGGACGAGAAGGUCUCGGCGGUAGCCGAGCGCCUCGCCGCAUCCUUGGGAGCCUUGGCCGAGGCCCGGGUUUGCGGGCAGUUUAGGGUUUAG